UUUCGCAACCUGGAGACAUAUCCAGAGACAGAGCUGAUCAGACUCUCAGAGAGACGUGGUCGACCUGGAACAUGGAGCUGAAGCUGCUGCUGCUGCUGCUGUGGAGCUCAGGAGUCCAUCUGGAAGACAGAAACCGUCCAGCUGAGGCUGAUGGUGAGUUCAGGUUGGUGGGAGGAAGCUCUGGCUGUUCAGGUGGACUGGAGCUGAAACGCCUCGGAGAAUGGAGACCAGUGAAUGACUAUUGCUGGAACCUGAAGCAGACUGCAGACAGGGUGAGGCUGCUGAAUGGAUCCAGUCGCUGUUCAGGCAGACUGCAGGUGAAGACUAACCCGUCUGACCAGACCUGGUCCUCAGUGUGUGAAGCAGACCUGGACCUGCAGGAUGCACAGGUGGUGUGUCGGGAGCUGGGCUGCGGGGCUCCUUCAGUCCUGCAGGGGGCGCUCUAUGGAGACGUGCAGACUCCCAGGUGGAGCCCAGAGUUCCAGUGUGGAGGCCAUGAGUCUGCUCUGCUGGACUGUAGAAGCUCAGGCUCAGCUAGAAGCAGCUGCUCACCUGGUAAAGCUGCUGGACUCACCUGCUCAGAGGAUGAGGUCAGGUUGGUGGGAGGAGCCAGUCGCUGUGCAGGAAGACCGGAGCUGAAAGUUCUUGGUGAACAGAGACCUGUGGAGGACGAUGGCUUCACCCUGAAGAGAGCAGCUCUCAUCUGUGAACAUCUGAACUGUGGCUCUGCUGUUUCUGUACAAGCAACUGGUGCGUCAUAUCAAUAUAUGUGGAGAAUCAACUCAGACUGUGUUCAAUCUGGAUCUGAUCUGUGGAGCUGUGUGAAAUCAUGGAGAUCCUCUGACACCCUGAAACUCACCUGCUCAGAUCCAACAGCUGUGGUGGCCAGCAGGGGGCAGACCGGCAGACCGGGCGGACGCUGA